AGCCCUUAUAAAGUACUCUCACUGAUAUAUUGCUAUGGCCAUGGCUUCCUUGAAAGCUUCAUCCGUAGCCACGCUUCUGCUAUUUGCUGUACUCAUAUCGUUGAGAGGUUUAGAAGCUCAAACGCCGCCUGUGGCGCCGGGCCUGUCUUAUACAUUCUACCAGACCACCUGUCCGCAGCUACAAACCAUCAUACGACAACAGCUUCAAACCGUUUUCAACUCCGAUAUUGGCCAAGCUGCCGGUUUACUUCGACUUCACUUCCAUGAUUGCUUCGUUCAAGGUUGUGACGGCUCGGUCUUGCUCGAUGGUUCCGCUAGUGGACCGAGUGAGAAAAGCGCAAUACCAAACUUGACUUUGCGAGCCCAAGCAUUUGUUAUCAUCGAAAAUCUUCGCACGCUCGUGCAUAAUGCUUGCAAUCGAACCGUCUCUUGUGCUGAUAUUACUGCUCUUGCUGCACGUGACGCAGUUGUCUUGUCUGGUGGACCGAACUACAACAUACCCUUAGGAAGACGUGACGGGCUUAACUUUGCCACAACAAACGUAACGCUAGCCAACCUUCCUCCACCCUUCGCCAACACGACAACUCUAUUGAAUUCCCUUGCAUUGAAAGGGUUCAACCCCACUGACGUCGUGGCGCUCUCUGGCGGCCACACCAUCGGGAUAGCCCAUUGCACCUCUUUUGAAUCCCGCCUCUUCCCAUCGCGAGACCCAACUAUGGACCAAACCUUUUUCAACAAUCUAAGAACUACAUGUCCUGCGUUAAAUACGACCAAUACCACCUUCAUGGACAUUCGGUCUCCAAAUGUGUUUGACAAUAGGUACUACGUCGAUCUCAUGAACCGCCAAGGGCUUUUCACCUCCGACCAAGACCUAUAUACAGAUAGCAGAACUCGGGGUAUCGUCACGAACUUUGCUAUCAAUCAAACGUUGUUUUUCCAAAACUUUGUGAAUGCAAUGAUUAAGAUGAGCCAAUUGAGCGUAUUGACGGGCACACAAGGAGAAAUCCGUGCAAAUUGUUCGCGUAGGAACGGAAAUGACUUGUUCAUAUUACCGGGCAUGGAGAAGAAUGACGACGAGAAGGUGGCAUCGUAUUAGGGGAGAUCUUGUGUUUGUGUCGAAAUAAUAUGUAAGAUUUGCUAAAACAUGUUUUGAAGUGAUUAAUGUGUCAAUGUAUUAUGUUUAAUUAUGAAUAUAUGGUUUGUUGUGUUCCAAAA